AUGACACCAGCGGCGCGCCGUCGCUCCUGCGCGCCUCCUGCGCACACCCCCAGUCAAUCAGCAUCACAAACGCACCUCGCCCCGCCCCCUCUACGCCGCGCCUCGGGAAGAAGACUACAAGUCCCAGAGGGCCCCUCGCACACCCCGCCACGUGUUUUAUCCGCCCGCCAAUGGGUGGAAGCGCCGCGUGAGCCUGUUCCCGCCCCCCCCGGCGUGCCUGAGCCAAUCGAAAAGGUGGUGUGUGUGCGAGGGCAAGUGGGGAGGGGGACUCAGCUCAGGACAGGGAGGCCCUGCUCGCAGGUCCCGGGGUCCCGGUGGCAGCCGGAGCGCUUGGUCCGCAGGCAGCGGGCGGGUGCCCCCCUCCGCCCCCACCCCGCGCGUGCGCGCCCCGGCCCCUCCCUCCCUGCCACCCCCCUCGGCUCCCGCGCGGCGGCGGCGGUUCCUCUCCCCCUCCCCCCAGCCCUGGCUCCGGGGGACCCCGCGAUGCCGGUCCGCACCGAGUGUCCCCCGCCGGCCGGUGCCUCGGCCGCCUCCGCGGCCUCGCUCAUCCCGCCGCCGCCCAUCAACACCCAGCAGCCCGGCGUGGCCACCAGCCUGCUCUACAGCGGCUCCAAGUUCCGCGGCCACCAGAAGAGCAAGGGGAACUCGUACGACGUAGAGGUGGUGCUGCAGCAUGUGGACACAGGGAACUCUUACCUUUGUGGAUACCUGAAGAUAAAAGGCCUUACUGAGGGCAAGUUUCUGGCUUUUUAUCAGUAUGCAAAAUCAUUUAAUUCAGAUGACUUUGAUUAUGAAGAGCUGAAGAAUGGGGAUUAUGUCUUCAUGAGGUGGAAGGAACAGUUCCUGGUCCCAGAUCACACGAUCAAAGACAUCAGCGGUGCCUCCUUUGCUGGGUUCUAUUACAUCUGCUUCCAGAAGUCGGCAGCCUCCAUAGAAGGCUACUAUUACCAUAGGAGUUCAGAAUGGUAUCAGUCCCUCAACCUAACGCAUGUUCCUGAACACAGCGCACCCAUCUACGAAUUCCGGUGACAGCGGUUCAGAGCAGGAACUAAAUAAAACUGAACUUGGCAAAAAAAAAAAAAAAAAAAGAACUUUGCCAAGAAAAUUGUGUACCUGCCAGAACCAGGAGAACGUGUGUUCCUGUUUCUUCACGAGCAGAUUCGCAUCAGAAGGCAUGAAUGUUAACCCACAGAAUCCAAGGAGCAUGGCCAACCAGCAGGCAGGCGGAGGGAGUGUUCUCUGUUCUUCCUCCCUCUCUGAGGCAGUUUGGUCUUAAUCUGUUUUUAAGCUACCUUAAAUGCACUUUUCCUUGCUGCACAGC